UGGUGCACUGAUCAGUGGUUUGGUGUGCUCAGCAUUUGUUCGGUAAAGCAGACUCUCGAUUCCCUUUUCUACGCAGUAACUACAAGGCCACUGUAUUCCGGCCAGCACCAACGCUGCACUGGCUGCACCGGAUGCCAGGAGAGGUCACUCUAGCCAGCAGCAUAUGUGCCUUUUGUGGAGCAACAGGUGGCAGCGACGGCAGCGACUGUGCUCCAACAUUCCGAGGUCGCCUCGCCCGGCUUUUAAAAUUCGGAUCAUGGACCAGUGUGACAGUGGCACUAUGGAUGGCAAAGGGGCCAGCGGUGUAUGUGUGCAGGACAGACGAUGACAGUUGGAGUUGGGAUACAGACUUCGAAGAUGACUCUGGAUAUGAGGUGCCACUGCAGGCUGGAGACUAUGAGCCCGUUGGCUGGCCUCCCCAACACAGUGCGAAGCCUGAGAGGCCUGCUGCCGCCCUAAGCCGUCCACUGCCUCCAGUGCCACGUGUACAGCAGCAGGAGGAUCCUGGUGAGGACCCCCCGUGGCUGGUGCGCGUGGAGCGUGCCGAGGCCGAGCGCCUCCUGUCGGGUGCCCGUGACGGCAGCUUUGUGGUGCGACCGAGUCGCGGUGAGGCCCCGUUUGCUCUCAGCCUGCGCUUUGGUGGCCGGCCCUUUCAUUUGCGUGUGCGGCGGCGCACCGAUGGACGUCUGGCACUAGGCAGUGAGAAGCCGUGCGAGCGCAGCUUUGACUCACUGGGGCAGCUGGUGGAGCACCACUGCCGCGAGCCUAUCCUGCUGACAUCGCGGGGCUGCCCUGCAGGCCGCACAACACUUGCCCUUCCUCCGCUCACCUGAGUGUGUCACAAGUAUCAUAAUGGCCGACACCCAUAUCACUGCGUCUCAGGUUCCCUACCUUCGCAAGACAUCCUGUGACCCUUCAGCCUUUCCCAGCCAGCAUGGCUGUCUUGUGCCAAGAUUUGCUGCCCACACUUGCAGCCACUUCAUUUGUCUCUUGUCUAGCUGUGCCAUGCUUGUUCGUCUUUCUUUACUGAUAUUUUCACUAUUUCAGUGCUGAUACUUCACAAACCGUUUGUUUGAAUUGGUGAUCAUGUAGCAUAACAAAAAUCUACCUUCAUGGCACUGUUUGUUUUUCAGUCCACAUGUACAUUACAUACAUAUUGAAAGGCAACAUUGUUUUGUCUUAUUAUAACGACUGUUAUAAGCAAUUGCUCUACGCCGAUCUGACACGAACUGUAGAUGCUGGAAAUGAACUUACUAUGUGCAUUACUUGGUUGUAAACUUUUGCUUUUCAAUCCACGACUCUUGUACAUUAAGAGACACUAAGACAUUGUGUGUGCUUCACAAAGUCACGAGGUGGUCCAACUGAAUGUGCCUUACGUACGAUGUCCACAUGUGAAUAAAAGUGCAUUGCCCUUCAUUUCUCCCUUGUAGAUACUGUACUUAU